GGUUAUACAUAUGGUUUUGUGAUUGAAUGUCUAAUCAAAUUGUAAAAUAGCACCGAUUUCCCUCGUGUUUAAACUACAAUAAACGUGACACAAAACAAAAAACCUCUUAUAAGAUACGCAAUACAACAUUUUAUUCAAUAAGUAACGAAUCAUUGGUUGACUCAACUUCGCGUAUGUUUUUAAGAGAGAUUGUUAAGCCGCUUAUGUUGCAUUAGUACAUAACUAGUUUUUUUUAAAUUAAAAUGAACUCCAACAAUCUUAGAAUUCGUAGUAGUGACAUUAAAACAAGAAACAACACUUGUUUCGAUCCAGUGCUUAUAUCAGAUUCUUAUAAAAUAAUAUUAAAUAAAAAUGAAAUAUUUAAGGAUUUUUCGGAGUCGAAGUCUGAAAAGCAGAUUUCAGUAUUGAAACAAAUUUUGUACGGAAUUAAAGACAACUGCAAUCAUGACACAGUGAAUUUUCUAGUUAUUGUUUAUUUAGAAUCUGAUAUUAAACAUCCAGCAAAAUGCAUGGUAUCAAGAUAUAUCACCAAAAAUGAUUUUAUUCAGAAGGAAUUUACAGAGCUUCUUACAAAAGAGGUGGAUAGUCUCAUAAAUAAACCAUGCACAGAUUAUAAUAGCUAUGUCCAUGUGAUUACUAAAGUAACAAGCUGCAUUGAAAACUUUCCCGCUGGAGCUGCCACUGUUCAAAAUUUAGAAAUUAAGCUUGCCGAGUACUUUAAAAAUUGUUUGUACUGGUGUAUUUCGACAUUAAGCGACGACAAACCUUUAGCACCUACAGAGAAAAAUGAAAUAUUUACUUUAGUACAUUCAACUCUAAGACUUUUAUUGCACAUAACACAAAAAAUAAGAGAUAAUAAUACAUCUAACUUAAUCGCAUUGUUUGGAGACAUAAGAAUCAGUUUGAAGUAUUUAAUAUGUGACAUAGAUGCACCGAUGGACACAAAAUCAAUUUGUGGAUUACUCUAUGUAUCAAUGCAUGUUCUGGAAAACAAUUCGGAUUCUUGGAUUGAUAUAUUGGAAUCGGGACAUAAUGACGAAAUUUUCAAAGAUAUUUUUUCGGACGAAUCAGCAAAACUUUGUAUAUACUCUGCAUUAGUCACAGUGAUACCUACAAAUAAGUUAAAAGUAGUACUUCCUACUGGAGAGCCGGCUAUUAUCAAAAUCACUAAAAAGAUAUUGGAAAUAGGCGACAGGUGCGCGGGGGACGCGGCCCUGAGCCUGGGCGUGUGCCGCGCGCUGGCGGCGGGGGCGGCGCGGGCGGCGGGCGGCGCGGCGCACGUGGCGCUGCUGCUGCCGUGGCUGUGCGGCGCGCUGGAGGCCGGCGCCGACGCCGUGCAGCACGCCGCCGCGCUGGCGCUGCGGCAGCUGGUGCGCCGCGCAGACCUGCUGCGCCGCCGCGGUGACGAGGAGGCCAUGGACGGGCUGGUGGCGGCGCUGUGGGCGCUGCCCGCCGCGCGCAAGAGCUUCCACGUGUGCGCGGGCGCGCUGGGCGCCGAGCUGGGCGCGGCGCGCGCGCUGGCCCGCCUGCCGCGCCUGCCCGCGCGCCUGCUGGCCGCGCUGCGCCUGCAGCCCGUGCAGGCCAGCGCGACGACGGCCCUGGAGACGCUGCUCCAGCAGCACAUACAGUCGGCCAGCACCGACGUCAUAUUCGAGCAGUGGAUAGAGCUGAUCCUGAGUCACGUCAGCGACGACGCCGUGGACUCCUCCGUCCUGAACAUUCUGGAGAACCUCCUCGUACUCGCCUUGAAACUUAACAGCGAUCUCGUGGACCGGAUUUUGCCGUGCAUACAGUCGUCGCGUGCGCAGACCAGGAACCUGCUGGUGUGCAUGUCAGCUUUGAGACGCGCGGGGGGACUGCAGCGUGUGGAGAGCAAAGGGGGAAAGGAAGAGGGGUGCUGGAAGGGAGUGCUGUCCUACGAGCUGCUGGAACUUUCGGCCGUGGACUGCAGCGAGCAGAACCGAAUAUUAUGCAUAUCUCUCGUAGUAGAGUCUCCGAAGUCAACGGAAAUCUUCACGAAGGGCGAGCUUAACCUUGUCCUUUGGUUCCUGAAGUUCAAUAUCAACGCUCAGCAGCCGCACUUUAGGCAACUAAUGCUUUCCAUUUUGAAAAGGUUCAUAAAGCGACUAGAGACCAGCUACAGUGCACUGAUACGCGAAAAUGACCCUACCGGUGACAAACAUAAGAGUCAAUAUUACUUGACGUUUAUCGAUGAGUUGGAACAGCUCUGCUACGACAGCCUGCUGCCGGGCGCCAACUACAGCCGGCGCUACGUGGCGCUGCAGCUGCUCGUGUGGACUAACGGGCUCUCCUUGCAAGGAUAUGUCAGGAAUUGGCAACACCAUCAAAUAGAAACACUUCUGUAUCACCUCGGGGACAGCUACGAGAACAACAAGGCCCUGGCGCUGGAGCUGCUGUGUCACUGUCCAGUCGACAUGUUAAAGUCUAAAAAAUACAGCACAAGUCUGGACCUGCAAAACAUCAUAACGGAAGCUUCCUCCGUCAAGCCCACGGACUGCGUGACCGCCGUCUACAAGCUCAAGUUGCUCAGGAGCGCGCUGCCGGAGUACAUCCUCCCGGGGCCGGACAGCAACACACCCAGCAAGGUGUCGUCCGCCCUGCUCGGCGCGCUGCUGGACGCGCUGGAGGCGCAGCUGGCGCCGUGCGAGCGCGGGCUGGCGCGGGCCGUGCGCCGCGCGCCGCUGUACGGCGUGCUGCACUGCGCCGCCGCCUGCGCCGCCGGGGGGCCGCCCGGUGGCAUCCAAGAUUCGUGGACGCAUUACGCGCGUCGCGUGCUGCACGCGUGUGUGCGCGUGUGUGCGUGUGUGCGCGACGUGCUCACGUGCGCCGCCCCGGAGGGGCACCUGCCCACCAGUGGGCACAUGGGAAACAUCCCUCUAGAAGAUGGCGAAGAAGUGACAGCUCAAAUGGUACUCCUCUGUGCUUGGAGAUCAAUCAAGGAGGUAUCUCUUAUCCUCAGUACAUUAGUAACCCAAGUGUUGACCCACGAUGAGUUCAAACCAGUUAGCUUCUGUUCCUCGCUAGUGCGUCAAGUUGGGGAGAUGUUUACGACCCUGCUCACAGAGACCAAGCACAGAGGGGCCUUCGAACAGGUGUAUGUCGGCUUUACCAGGAUGUUGACGAGCCUAUGGCGAAGUCGGAAUCCCGAAUUCAACUCCCUGCCCAAACUUUGGCUGGAGGAGCUGCUGUCGGCCAUCGAGAGCGGAGACCCCGAGCAGAAGCUGUGCGCGACCCGCCGCAGUGCGGGGCUGCCCUUCAUGAUACAGGCGCUGGUGAUGACGGAGCUCCAGGUGCAGGGCAACCCCGCCGGCUUCGACGCGUGCGCCGCCCGCCUGCUGCGGCUGGCGGGCGGCGGCGCGGCGGGCGCGCGGCGCCACGCGCUGCACGUGCUGCGCGCGCUGCUGCGCGACCGCGCACUGGGCGCGCGCGCGCCGCCCGCCGCGCCCGCCGCGCUGCUGCUGGCGCUGCGGGGCUUCGAGCGCCGCUCGUGGCUCGAGCGCAACUCCGCCACGCUGCUGUUCAGCGCGCUGAUGGUGCGCAUAUUUGGCGUCCAGCGCAGCAGGGACUCGGAGAAUCUGUGCGUGCGGAACCGGAUGACCGGGCGGAUAUUCUUCCUAAAGUAUCCGAAACUUUAUGAUUUCAUGCUCGAAAAGCUAAAAGAAGUUCAUGAUGAUAACGAAGAAAAAUUGCUGCGUCCAUCUCUAUAUCCAAUUCUCCUUUUGCUGGCCAGAUUGUACCCCUCCUCUCUUGAGGGGACCGUCUCCAACCUGAAGUUGACGGCGUUCGUCCCACUGGUGCGCGCAUGUGCGCGUAGUGCGGUGCUCACCACGCGCAGACUGGCCGCCAGGGCCGUGCCCGCACUCGUGGAGCCCGAGCGAUAUAUACCACAUAUCGAAGAAAUGUUCGAGUUGCUAAGCGAUAGGAACAUCAAAAGGAACUACUGUCACGGAAUAUUGCUACAGCUAAUUAAACUUUUGGAAACGAAACCAGACAAGCUCACAAUAGACAAGUCCCAGACCCGCCUGCUGCAGCUCGUGGAGCGGUCGAGUUGGAUCCUCCGCCAGAGUGCAGGAGGCCUGACCUGCUACCCUAUAACCGACGAGUAUAUUAAGAUGAUUAAUAUUCUUAUAUGGAGAUUCGAUGUAUUGCUUGAAGACGAUUUCAUUAAUAAAAUCCAAAUCAAUAUAAAUGAACUAAUUUUCAAAAAAACCGGAAGCAAAAACGCGAUAAACCCAGGAAGGGAAUUGUGUUUAGCGAACGCUGCGUACUUACGACUCAUCAUUUCAUACAGAUAUGAAAAAAACAAUGAUAUUCGACAGUUCGUGUAUAAAUGUCUCGCGCACGAGUGUUACGAAGUUGCAUUAACUGCUUUAGACUAUCUUCUAAUACUUCACGGAGUUUUCGAAGUUGAAAAUAGUUUGCAGGAACAUUUACGUGAAAUAUGCAACGGUCUGGAAAUGUUCGAAAACGACCCGACAUACGCAAACAACUUAUGCCGAAUUUUGAAAACCAGCAAAUACUUGGAGUGCACCCAGAAGUGCUUGAAACUAUUAACUCUAAAACGCGACACGGCAAAGAUUAUAAUACAAGCAAAAAUUGACAGAGAUGAGGAAAUUUCCGACGACUUUGUUAUCGAUAAACUUCUCUACUACAUCGAUACCGAGCAUGAGAAUUUGAUGCAUUUCUACCUGGGUAACUUGUGUAACUUCCUGUGCGCGAAGAUGGCAGCCGGUGACGUCAACGAGUCGAAACUCGUGGAAGCGAUGAGCGUGAUCUUCUCGUGCAGCCUGCCUCACAACAACGACGAAACGAGGACGGUGGUCGUGGAGUUCCUGGAGAACAGUCUAAAAAUGGUUCCGUCGCUGUUGGAUAUCGAUUUCAAAAGUCUCAGCGAAGAGGAACAAUUCGCAGUGCGGUGCGCGUGGUGGGGCUGCGCCGCCGUGGCGCUGCACGACGACGCGGAGGCGCUGCGCGCGCGCGCGGCGGCAGCGCUGGCGGCGCUGGGCGGGCGCGCGCGCUCGCUGGCGCCGCACUGCGCGCGGGCCGAGCUGCGCGCGUGCGGCGACGCGCGGCGGCUGGCGGCGCUGGCGCUGCUGGACUGGAAGGCCGCCGUGUGCGCCGCCGUGUGCGCCGCCGGCGGCCCGAGCGCGCAGUGUCGCGUGUUCGAUCAGAACGAGAGGUACAAUAUUUAUCUGGAGGAAACUAUUUGGGCGCGCGAUUGUGCGCGGAAAAUAAAAGAAUUGUGUGACGAGAAAGACCUCUGCGAACAUAUAUACGAGCUCAUAAAUGAGAAAAAAUAUAGAGGGACUUUUGAAAGGCUGUGUGGCGACAAUUUAAUUAUGUUCGAAAAAUCGAUUCGAGGUUUCGAGGAAGAAAUCAACCCUAAAGUGAAGAUUUUUAUCGACACGUUAAAAAUACCUAAUGAGAACAAUCUACAAUUUUUGUAAAUAUUUUAUAUUUUCUAUUUAAGAUCUUAAAUUAUUUUGCAUUUUAUUGUAUACAACAUCGACUUUCCAAGGGUAUUUCAAAACAAAUGAAAUAAUUUAAUAGCGAAAGAAUUUUAUUUACAAAUAAACAAUUUUGAA